GCUGUCAAGGCGGCGGAGGCAGCCGACAUUCUCCAGACAGACCAAGCUGGGUUGCUGGAACCCGAAAACGAUAUGGAACGUACUACAUCCUUGACUCAGACGGAGCUCAAGCGCAAUUAUCUCGAUGAUGACACGGCUCGCCAUAUUUACAAUCUUGAUAUGCAUCAAUCAGCUCCAUACGGAUUAGAAUAUGACCGCAGUGGUCGUUACAACAUCAUGUACGGUGCCGCUGGGCACUUGGCAAUGAUGGAUUGUCACCAACAGUCCCUAGUGACGGAAUUUUACGUGCAAGAACGAAUUCGGGACGCCUGCUUCCUGCACAAUUUCACGCUCUUUGCCGCCGCUCAGAAGAAUCAUGCGUUCAUUUAUGAUCAGACUGGAGCCGAAGUACACCGCCUCUCCGAUCAUUCAGAUCCCAUGGCCCUGCAAUUUUUACCCUACCACUGGUUGUUGGCCUCGGUGGGCCGCGCCGGUUGGCUUAAGUAUCAGGAUACGAGUACGGGUGCGUUAGUAUCGCAACAUCGUACGCAGCUCGGUGCGUGUCGCGUAUUGCGACAAAACCCCACCAAUGCCAUUCUGCACGCGGGUCACUCGAAUGGUACCGUCACACUAUGGAGUCCGGCACAGGGAAAGUAUCUGGCGAAGCUUUUAUGUCACAAGGGCGCCGCAGUCCAUAGUCUCGCGGUGGAUCCCACUGGACAAGUGAUGGUGACGGGUGGGGCGGAUCGCCGGAUACGAAUCUGGGACCUGCGCAUGUAUAAGGAAACGAUCUCGUAUUUUGUCCGCGGCGGAGUUCCGACGAGCAUAGAUAUUUCUCAAAGGGGCUUGUUGGCAGUGGGGCACGCCGGGCAAACAACAAUUUGGAAUGCCGAUGCACUGCAUCGUAAGACUCAGGAUCCAUACAUGCACCACAGCAUGCCGCGUUGUGGGCCGGUGGAGACAGUGCGCUUCCGACCGUUUGAAGAUGUUUUGGGUAUCGGACACUCGCGAGGUGUAAGUAGUAUUGUUGUACCCGGGGCUGGUGAACCGUCUGUGGACACCUCGGAAUAUAAUACCAACCCCCAUCAGGAUGCUAAGCAACGUAAGGAGGCUGAAGUACGGGCGUUGCUCGAUAAAUUACAGCCAGAAAUGAUUGCCUUGGAUCCGGAUCAGGUUGGGGGUAUUGAAGAAUCCGACCCGCACAAGAGAUUGGAACGAUUACAAGAUCUGCAAGAAGAAGCCAAUCACAACAAAAAAGCACCUAAAAAAGAAAAAUCCAAGAAACGGGGUAGAAGCAAGAUUCAGACCAAGUUGCGACGCAAACACAAGAAUGUGGUUGAUCAGAAUACGCUCAAGUUGCGAGAGGCUCGAGAAAAAGAAAAGGUAGCCAAAGCGACUGAGAUCAGAGGUGAAAUUGCGUCAGAAGCACCGAGAGAACAAGCACCGUCGGCGUUGAAACGCUUCUUUUAA